GAAAAUGAAAAUUACGAUGAGUUUUUCACGGAUAUCUUUUGCUCUCCAACUCUUCUUUAUAUGCCACUUCAUUACAUCAGGUAAACUUAGAGAGGUGGAGGGAUGCACUAUUUACAUUAGUAACAAAUGCCCCUUCCCUAUAUGGCCAGCAACAGCCCCAAACACGGGCCAUCCAGUUUUAGCAAACGGUGGCUUCUAUCUUCCGCCGGGUAAAAUUCGCCCAGUUGUAGCCCCGGGGGAUUGGAGUGGACGUAUUUGGGCUCGAACCGGCUGCAAUUUUGACGUACCCUCCAAUCACAAACCAGCAUGUGAAACUGGUGAUUGUGAUGGAAAACUCGAAUGUGAAGGAACUAUAGGCCUUCCUCCAGCUACACUAGUAGAAAUGACUAUUCAAUAUGACAAAAGACAGCUAAGUUUCUAUGAUGUGAGCUUAGUUGAUGGAUAUAACCUCCCAGUUUCGGUAACAAGUUAUAAGCCAGCAUCAUCAAAGUGCUUUAUUAGAGGGUGCACCAAAAACUUGAAAGACACGUGCCCGAUCGAACUUCAGGUUGUAAAUGGUGAAGGGCAAGUGGUGGCGUGCAAAAGUGCUUGCUUGGGUUUCAAUCUUGACUCGUUUUGUUGUAGGAACAAAUAUGAGAGUCCUGAAAAAUGCAAGCCGAGUGUGUACUCGAGUUUGUUCAAGAAAGCUUGUCCCUCUUACGUUACGUAUGCUUUCGAUACGCCUUCGCCUGUGGUCAGCUGUUCAUCCGAUCAAUUGGUUAUAACUUUCUGUCCAGAUAAAUGGGGCACUGAACAUUCGUCUGCUUGAUGCAAUUGGGGAUUAAUCUCUAGUUUAUACAAUCAGCAAGCUGGAAUAUUGUCAAAUGUACACGAAAUGAUCUUUGAUUCCAUAUUCAUAAUUUCUUCAUAAUAAAGAGUUUAAGUUAUAUAUGUUCAUAUCAUGAUCAGAUCACCUUUAAUUUAGAUAAUCAAAUGUUGGUAAACUAGUAAAAUUGAUAGGCAACUUCGUUGAGGUUGGGCUUCAAAACUGUUAGAAUGAAAUUAUUAAACGAAGACCAAAUUGGUUUAAUUGUGUUGAAAAUGAAGACGGUUAUCCAA